AUGGAUAAUCUCUCGCAUUCAAGAAUUCUCGAGCCCAUUGAUCCUAAUUCCCUUUCCCUCAUCUCAUCUUCUUCUGGAUCCAAUCUUUGCAGCAGUAUUCAAGAUGGUACCUUGGGCUCUCCAUUUGGUAUGACAGAAAUGCCUCCGGUUGUGGAAAGCGAAGGAGUUUCGACCGUUAAAUGGCAGUACGACCGUAAAGAGUUUGAAUUCGAUUGUAACAGUACUCCAUCCAAGACUGCCAAUCCACAACAUCAGAAAAUACUUCAUGUGAGGAAAAGACGCUCCCAAUUAAUGGGGGCCAAACCGAGAAUUCCUUCAAAACUUUAUCAAUCAUCGUCUAAGCUGGACUUACUAGAUGAGAAAAUAUUGACCAGUUUUCCUAUACCACCACCACUAGACGUUGGUGGUGGACAUAAUGUCAAGAAGGUGAAACUGAACCCAAUCAAUGAAAUACGCAUACACAACGACAAGGAGAAUAGACGCAUAAGCUAUGGGGUACCCCAGAAGCUAGCAAGACACCGGGAAGAAGACGAAAUGGAUGAGCAUCAAAUGGUACUAGUAGAAGAUUAUAUCCCUUUUGAUGAGGGAAUGGAGAAAAAUAUGGCUAAGAAGAAAGUGUCAAUAUCAAACUUGAGAACCAAGAUGAGCAAAAGAAGUGACAUUAAUGUCCCAUUGAGGUUUAAAAAUCUAUCGAGACAGGAUGGCUCCAAAACACCAUCUUCAUCAUUGACAUUAGUUUCACAUAUAAUGGAUGAGAAUUUUUUGCAUGAACACUCAGCAUGUAGCCUGGAUAAUGACACUCAGACACUUCAAAGCAAGGAUGAUGAAAAAAUAUCUCAGUCAUUCCAACAGAUACUACAGGACUUAAUCAAAUCCGAAACGACAGAGGAGAAUGAUAGGUACCUGUCUGGACUGCGAAUAAACUCCAAGUUAAAGAAAUGCGUGGUAUGUGAAAAGCCAUUAUAUGAGAUAAGUUCUUUAAUUUCAGAAGGUGAUAAUUUUAAAGAGAUUGUAUGCGGGAAAUGUACUGCGAGGUAUGAAGAAGCCGCCAAGAUUUUUGAGAACUACGAAUUUGAAUCGUCUGGUGAAUCCUCUAAUGAUACAACAACAAGCAGUAUGGGUAGCCCCGUCGACCGUUCUCAUUUGGAAGAUCUCGACAUGGGUUCAUCGAAUAAUUGGAAACCACUCAAGAAUAAUUUUUCUGAUGAAUUGAUUAAGAGGCUAAAACUGCAAUCAGGUCUUUCUACUUUGGAAAGAAAGGAAAGACGACAGGAGCAUCUAGAUUGUGGCACAAUUCUUUGGUUUAUGGAGGCCAAGAAAAGAAUAACGCGGUUUCUGACCAACCAGUAUAAGGCCGAUUCCAGGCACAUAAGUUCUUGA